AUGGUUUCCAUGACAUGCCAAAUAAGACAAUCUCCCAUGCCCUGUUUCUUAUUGUGGACAACACUUUCUGUUGAAAACAAAAGACAAAAUGGUUUAUGGAAGAAAAGGUGGAUAGAUUCCUAUGAUGUUUGGUCAAAAAAACUGGCUAGUCGAUGCUCCAGACAACAACGGUCGAGGUUACUACACCUGGUAGACGGCUUGGAACAGCAACAGUCGAGUACUAACGAGAGGAAAUCAUUGACUUACAAACUUUAUGUUUUAUGGAAGUUUUGCAGGCCGCAUACCUUUAUUGGAACUUUGACAGCCAUCUCAUCCCUCACCAUCUUAGCCAACGAAUAUGUUAGUCAGUUUCUUCAGCGGGUUGGCAACAAUUGGUGUGAAAAUACAGUAUCGUACAAAGACACUUUUCUGCUAUGGAAAUAUGUAUAUCGUUGGUUUCUUCCUUGUAACACUACAAGUUCUAGUGUUGGUAUUGGCUCGCGGAAACUGUCGGAUAGCUUGGUUACAACUAUUUCACAGUCCCAGGGUUGGACUGCCAUCCUUGGAUUUCUCACUGCUCUUGUUCCUGCGUUGCUCAUCAAUGUGUAUAUAGUGGGUUUGAAUCAACUAUUUGAUAUCGAAAUCGAUCAAAUCAACAAACCUUAUUUACCUUUAGCCUCAAAAGAACUUUCCGUUCGUUGGGCGUGGGUCAUUGUGACGCUUUGUGGCUCUUUAGGUUUGAUACUCGGUUUGGUUUUGCCAAAGACAUCAGUCCCACUCAUUGGAACGUUGUUUGGGAGCACGCUGUUGGGUAGUAUGUAUAGUAUUCCUCCUAUUCGUUUAAAGAGAUAUCCCUUAUUUUCAUCCUUUUGUAUCCUCGUUGUGAGAGGUGUGUUGGUCAACAUUGGUUUCUCUCAACAUGCUAGAAUAGUUGCGGGUUAUGGAGCUUCUUUGUCGCCAUGUUGUUGGUUUUACAGCAUCUUUUUCGCACUUUUUGGUAUUUGUAUCGCUUUGAUGAAAGAUAUUCCAGAUGUAAAAGGAGAUCGCAUGUUUCACUUGCGUUCCUUCUCCGUCAUUUUGGGACCUCAAGUCGUUUUCCGCUGGACAGUCCUAUUCCUCACGGGCGUUUUUUUCGUAUCUUCCUACGUACUGUGGCUCAUUGUGCCCAUCUUGUUCUGUAAAUGGCUUCUAGUUGGGUGCCAUUUGGUAUUUGGAUUGGCACUAUGGAUGAAAUCAUUCCAUGUGGACGCAGAAAACUCCAAGCAAGUGUAUGAGUUUUACAUGUUUUUGUGGAAAGUGUUCUAUGGCGUUUACAUACUACUGCCUCUAGCUGGAUAGGACUUGCAGCAUUUGUGGAUGGCCAAAAGUUUUGUCGAACCAAUUUGUCUGAGAGUAAGAAAUUUAAAUGAAAAUAAACUUCAGACAAACAGUAAAGUUGUUCUUCCCGAA